GUAACUUUCGCGGAGAUUAGAAUUAUGUUUAUGCAGAAGUUACAGCUAACUGUCUCAAGUAAAAGAAAGACAAAUUAGUCUGAUGUAAAUUUCUGCUGCACUGAAGCAUAAUAUUGUGAUUCUGAAUUAUCACAUUAAGCAUGAGUAUAUUUUUGUGACUUUGAAAUGACCGACGCUGCAAGUGGUUUGAGGUUUCUAAUGAUCAGUUAAGACUAUUAAACAUUAAUUUUUGUCUGAAGAAGUGGGUGUUUCGAUUGAUGCAUCGGGUCAAAAUUGUAUAUGUGAUUUAGGUUAACAUUGCAAUGACCACUUUUCUUGGAACACAAAACUAAGUUAUUAUUAUAUACUAGCCCCCCAUGAUUCUGUUGUAUAUAAAUUCAGUUUUGUGUUCUGGCUACACAUUUGUUUAGGUGCAGACCUGUCCCUCUGCCUGGUGCCGCCACCGCCGCCUGCGCCAUGCUCGGGCUCCGGCUCCGAGAGUGCAUCCUUUCCCAUAUCCUCUCUUCUCCCUCCAAAGCUGCAUUCUCUCCACUCCGCCGCCUCCUCUCCGCCACAGGGGCCCCCGUUUUCCUGAACCCUAUUAGCUUCGCCGUCGAGGACUACCUCGUCGGUACCUGCGGCCUCACCCGUCCCCAAGCCCCCAAGGCCUCGAAGAAGCUCUCCCACCUCAAGUCCCCCACUAAUCCCGACAACGUCCUCGCUGGCCUCGGCCUCUCCGGCGCCGAUGCCGCCGCCAUCGUCGCCAAAGACCCGCAGUUCCUCUGCGCCAGCGUGGACAAAACCCUGUCCCCCGUCGUCGCCGGGCUCACCCGCCUCGGCCUGUCUAGUCCUGAGAUUGGCCGCCUUGUCUCGGUCGUCCACAAACAAUGUCGUUACAGAUCCAUCAUCUCCAAGAUGCAGUACUAUCUGCCCCUCUUCGGCUCCUGCCACAACUUCCUCAGGGCGCUCCAGCGCUCGUCCUACUCCUACCUUCUCUCGUCGGACCUCGAUAAGUUGGUCAAGCCCAAUGUUGCCUUCCUGAGGGAGUGCGGGCUAGGUGCUUGUGAUAUUGCCAAGCUGUGUAUCCGGGAGCCGAGGAUACUGGCAAUUAACCCGGAGCGCGUCCGGGCAAUGGCGGCAUGUGCUGAAAGACUAGGUGUGCGCCGCGGCUCUGGUAUGUUCAGGCUAGCGCUACAGGCUGUCGCGUUUCUCAGCGAGGAGAAGAUUGCCGCCAAAUUGGACUACUUGAAGAAUACUUUCAGGUGGUCUGAUGCCCAAGUGAGCAUUGCUGUGCGCAAGUAUCCAAAUCUGCUGGGGAAGUCAAAGGAAUCUCUGAAGCGCAGGUCCGAGUUCCUGGUCUCUAAGGUGGGGGUGGAACCCGUGUACAUUGCUCAUCGACCGACAUUGCUCUCUUAUAGCAUGGAGGGCCGACUCAGACCCCGGUACUAUGUUAUAAAGUUUCUCAAGGAAAAUGGACUGCUAGAUGGUGACCUGAGCUUCUUUACUGCGGUCAAGAUGACUGAGAAGGUAUUUAUGGAGAAACUCAUAUCCCCUCACAAGGAAGCUGCACCACACCUUGCUGAAGACUAUGCAACAGCUUGCAAAGGGGAAGUGCCAACUAAUUUCAUAUUUAGAUGGACCAGGAACAGGCUAUGAAAAUCCGUAACCUGUGUAUGGUGCAAGAAAUUUUUCACUCUGUGUAGUAAGUUGGUAACUCCUGCCUUGGUGUUUAGGCCUAACUGGAUGUUCACUAUCUUUUCCAGUGUGUUUGUUACUUGCCAGUUUGCUCAUUGCUAACUCUUGAUGUAACUAGUAAUAAAUUGAUUUCUGAACCCCGAUAUGCUGUUGUUGUCAUUCCUUAGAGAAGAUCCUUCAAAAUAUCAGUCUGGUCUGCUUUUAUGGCAA